AUGGAAGUUUCAUUUGAUCAUCUCAAAGCCUUGAUCAGGAAUCAUUGGAAGAUAGAAACAGUUUCUAUUGCUACCAUAGAUUUGUUCGGAAAUAUCAAAUCAAGCGAAAAGGGUGAGCUAGUUGAUAUAAUGUUUAUAAAUCAAAUGUAG